UCUUAAAAAUGCUCCACACAGUUGCCAGAUGAUUGACCACAAGAUUCAGAAACAACUUAUUGCUGCUUGUGCUCAUGAAACAACCAAAUUUAUUAUAGAGGAACUUGGUGAUGAAUGCUUUGCCAUUCUUGCUGAUGAGUCUAGUGAUGCCUACCAACAGGAACAAUUGGCCCUUUGCUUGCGUUAUGUCAAUAAAAAUGGAGAACCUGUUGAGCGGUUUCUUGGUCUUGUGCAUGUUGAAGAUACUACUUCAUUGACUCUUAAACAAGCAAUUCAGUCCUUACUAAUCAAAUAUCAGUUGCCUUUAUCCAAGAUACGUGGUCAAGGGUAUGAUGGAGCUAGUAAUAUGAAAGGUCAUGUCAAUGGUUUGAAGAAAUUAAUUAUGGAAGAGUCCCCUUCUGCAUAUUAUGUUCAUUGCUUCGCCCAUCAACUUCAGCUAACCCUUGUAGAUGUAUGGCAGCAUUCAAUCCAGCUAUUUCUUUUUCUGUCUUUGAUAAUGAGAAGUUGAUUAAGCUUGCUGGGUUCUAUCCUCAUGACUUUGAUUUUCAAGAGAGGAACCAACUUCAUUUUCAACUACGCAACUAUAUUAAUGAUGUGAGGAAUGAUGAGAACUUCAAAAAUUUGAGAAGUCUAGCAGACUUGUCUAUGAUGCUAGUUAAAAGAAAUAUGGUUUCUCGGUAUGACAUUGUGUACAAACUUCUCAAAUUGGUUCUAGUUCUUCCUGUUGCAACUGCUAGUGUUGAGAGGAUUUUUUCUGCAAUGAACACUAUCAAAAACAAGUUAAGAAGCAAGAUGGGACAGGAUUUUCUGAAUAAUUGUUUGACCACAUUCAUUGAAAGGGAAUUCUUCUUGCAAGCGAAUGAUGAGGACAUUAUCAAUUAUUUUCAAGCUAUGAAGGACCGAAAAGUUAUCUUGUAAUUUGUAAGCAUCCUUAUCAAUACCAUUUAUUGUUUUAGUACCUCUAUUUUCUAUAUGUUGAACAAUUUCAGAAUUCAGAUUAUGAACAAUUUAUGUUGUUAGUAUUAAAUCAUGUGCUACUAAUAUGUAUGUUGGGCUGUUAAAUUUUUUUUCCACUGCUUACAAUUUUGAAUACCAAGGUCCCAAAUCCUGGGCCCGCCCCUGCUUGGAUCCAAAGAGCACCCAGGGCGCACACGUGGGACCGGCAAUGUUCCAUGGAGGUGUGCCUUCCCCGAACAUUUGGGCACAUACAGGAGCCGUGGGAGGAGGAAUGCUCAACAACAGGCCGAGUGGCAAAGUCUUUUACAAGCUGUCCGUGAAGAAGUAAAUGCAACGAAUGAGAAGUUUCGGGCUGAGCUUGUGGAAUCACUUUCCCGUGGUGCUCCCUUGGCACCGGCAGAAGCAAUGAGAGAUGUUGCGCCAGAUCUUACAAGUCCACAAGGGUUGGUUCGGAGUAGCUGUGGAAGCACUGCGUUGCCUGAGGAGGAUGUUGGAGUCACCUUCCCUGUGGAUAAGAUCACACAACCAACAACCUGCAAGCUAUACAUCCAUCAGAAGUUCUUUGAUAUGAAGGUGGCUGUAGGUCAGGCUUGGCCAACCGGCGAAGGGGUUAUGCUGCAUAAUCGCCCUUUACCUGAAGGUUAUGCAAAGGUUACCGUUGAUUCUCUUGUUAAGAGGAAAUACAAAAAUGUGGAGUUGGAUAUCCCCGGUGAUGACAGUAGGUUGCUAGGGGAUAACAUCGGAGGAUUUGUGGCGUGGCGGAAACGCUACAUAAUAUUUGAAUCAGAAUCUGAGUCAUCCGAUGAUGAUCCUCGAGAGUCACCGGAGAGGGACCUACCUCCUUCACCAAAGUCCAACAGAGAAUCAAGCCCGCCGUCACCUCAAAGAGAGCUAACUCCUCCUAGCCCUCCUAAAAAAAGGCGAACAUCAUCGAGAACACAGAAAAUAUCAUCUCAGAAGCAAUAUUAAGAACCGGCAGAAAAGCCAGAGGGACCAUGUGAAGGGACGGGCAAGAAACAGGUGAGUGGAAGCAUAACAUCGCUACUCAAAGAAAAAGGAAAGAAAGUAGAGGAGGACUUCAUAGUCCCCAAAGGUGCAAUGGACCAUUUCUUAAACUUAAUGAAAAUGCCACAAACUGGAAAUAAUCAACCUCCGCUUUCAGACUAUGAGCGAACUAUGAAUAUAGAGAGGUGGCGUGAAGGAACCCGAGCUGCACACAAGUUAAAUGUAGCUGAACGGGCCGCAUUUUGUGAACAAAACAACAUGACAGAGUUAGAACUUCUUCAAAUUGAGUAUGGAGAAGAUUGGUGGAAACAACCAUUGCCACUACCACCGAUUAUCUGGAAAUUUGAAUUGGGGAAAGAUCUGGUGGCCCCAGAACAAAUCCCGAAUCUACCCACAAGAAUGCGACAGUUGCAUUCUUGGUACAAGAUGCAAAAAAGUAAGCUAUUUGGGGCAAGUUAUCUUGAUGAAGAUCUUCAUAAGGGGGAAGGCAGAGUGUGGGUUGAUUUCGAGCACUUGUAUCAUUUCUACCAACAGGGUGCUCUCGACGUCUCAAUUAUGACCUUGUGGACUGUAAUGGAGUCACACAAAUGUAGACGAUGUGGGAUUAACAAUAUAGGCUUCUUGGACCCUAGCACCGUACAUGAGAACACAGUCAAUUUACCAAGUACCGUUGACUACUUGUACAAAGCUUUCCUCUCCAUGCAGGAUAAAAGAUCCAUACUUCUUUCAUACAAUUGCUUUUAUCAUCAUGUCCUACUCGAUAUCAACCUUAACAAUAGUCGAAUCGAGGUUUAUGACUCACGAAAGAGGCCAUUAUCACUAAUCCAGCCCGUCAUUGAUGUCGUCAACAAGGCCUUCGCUAAGUACCGUAAGAAAAGCAAAAUCCAUAGACCUUUUUGGGGAGACUUCACUGUAGAAGAGGCUAAAUACAUCCUCAAGCAGCCUCCGGGCAACAAUCACUGUGGGUUCUAUGUAAUGCAUUACAUGCACUGCUACACCGGCGAUUGCAGAAGCGCCGAAAUGAACACUGAGUUGGAUUCACGUGAAUUGCUCAUGGGCGAGCUAGUACCACUUCAAGAAGAACUAGCUGGAUGGCUUGUGGACUACGUGGUGAAGCCAAGAUCUGAGUACAGCAUAAUCUAGGUGUAAUGUCUAGAUCGUAUCGUUCUUGUCAAGCAUUGUAAUAUAUUUGGUGUAUGGACUAGAUGUUCUUAAACUUGAUGCGUGGACUCUAUAUUUUUUAUUAUGAUGUUUGAACUCUCUCAUUUGAUUUCAAUGUAUAAUAUCUUAUGGUUCAAUUCUGCUGUAA